GAAACGAGAUCAACCAACAUGAAGUCAAUUGUUGUGGUGAUAUGCCUAGGCCUACUUCUCGUCAACCUCGCCAGAUCUGCCAGCCAUGACUUUCCGAACAUUACUGGUAAAGAUCCGUUGGAUAUAACAAGGCCCCUCAAAGCUGAACUGACAUGCCACGUUGCAAAGCUGAACGAAUCCAUCGCAUGGAUAUACAACGACACAACAUUUUUCUCCUGCGACUUUCCUUACAGCGUCGGAACGUGUGUCAAUAUAUUCGGACACCCCUAUGAUUUUACCAUCAACCAAAGAAAAAAUACGUUUGUGGCGAAAUAUACAAUCAAAGAAAAUGUUAAUGAUGGAAAUUGGACAUGUCGCCAUGGAAACGAUACGUCACAUCCUUACAUGUACGAUACCGGAAAAUCUCCAGAAAAGCCAACGAUAACAAUUUCCAAUAUGAAACCAUCGGAAGGCGAAAACAUUACUAUAACUUGUACAAUGCCGGAGAGCGAUACUGAAUUAACUAAGUAUGAUAUGCAAAUGUCCGACGGUUCCAACAAAGUUGACCUAAUCAACAUUAAAGAUCCGACCAACCUUACGUAUACUUAUACCUUAACGACUGGCUGUAGGACCAUAUCGUACUCUUGUUCCGUGUACAACCGUUUUGGUUUCAACUAUGCAGAUAGAAAGAUUACUGCAGACUGUCUAAUAGAGUUUCGGGAAGAUUUGACGCCAACUAAUGUAACAGCUUAUGAAGAGAACAGAAGUGUAGAGUUGACAUUCUAUUAUACAGGAAGGCCAUUCCCGCCUAAAUACCAAUGGUACAGGUUAGAAAAUGGCACCGAGAAGAACCUCACCGAUUACAGAAACUCGCCUACAGCUGGUACCCAAUGUAAUCCAAAUGGUACUGCCUGUAUACUCUUGCAAAUCUACAACCCGACUGUAGUCGAUUCCGGAUAUUUCAUCGUUUACGUAAACGAAACUAAAACUGGAUUAAUUAAGUCGCAUACGUUUUAUUUAAACGUCCUGCCGGCCAAAUCUGAAGUUGAAGAAUCCUCCACUACAGCCAAUCAGAUGCCGUGUAGCGCUCCGUCAUCGGACGAGCUUACGUUCGGUCAAGGUAUCGGCGUAGGAAUUGGAAUAGGCUUAGUUGCUGUCAUUUUCAUUGCUGGGGGCAUCUAUGGUUGUCGCAAGGCAUAAUGUCUUUUCCACCUUCACAAUGUCAAUAUAAUAUAUUGUGUGUAACAUUGUGUGCACUCGUGUAGACCUAUUCGGCGUUUAACAUCUUAACCAUUUAAAAUUGAUUUUGAAACAGUCAGAGUUCUUUUUAGAUAGAUUGUCUCCCUUUAUAUAGUUUUAUUUCUUAAAGUAUAAAUUCCUAUUAAAAUGUUUGAAGUUGUUCAAUAAUUAUGCCCAAUCAAAGCGUGGUCUGCAAAAAAAAAUGGGCCAU